AUGCUGUCUGAAUUAUUCCAACUCUUAUUCUGUAUUAAUUCUGUAUAUGCUCUUUAUACUAUCUCGCAAGGAUAUAAUGAAACCGAAGCUAAAUACUUAUUGAAACUGUCGGCUGGAGCUUAUGGUCAGCCAGAAGAUAUCAAUGCUUGUCUCAAUUCUCAACCUGCCAAUGGAGGUAUCCGCACAAUUCUCGAUGUGAACAAAGAAAACUGUGAUGCCUUGGAUAAUCCUUGUGAAGGAUACAUAGCGGUCACAGAUUCUGAAAAACUGCUGCAUGCUGUAUUCCGAGGAACACGGACAAAUUCACAGCUGCUAUUGGAAGGAAUCGCAACAACGGUGCCAGGAGAAGACUUUUUUGGAAUGGGAGAGGUUAACAAGUAUUUCUUGAGGGGCCAUAAUUUACUCUGGCCAGACUUAGAAACUAUUCUACGAGACCCGAGGUAUAGUGAUUACACAAUUGUUUUCACUGGGCAUUCAUUGGGUGGAGCGCUAGCAGCUCUAGCAGCUGCUCGAACAGCUCGAGAAGGCAUUCGUUCUUCAAACCGAAUCAAAUUAGUGACAUUUGGUGAGCCACGUGUAGGGACCAGGACAUUCGCUAUGAACUUUGAUAACAUAGUCACAAAUAGUUAUCGCGUAGUUUAUCGCAAAGACAUUGUUCCUCACUCUCCUGGAUGUACAAAAGAUCGUUCAAAUCCAAAUUUGACAGAUAAGGAUAGUUUACCUUGUGAACCACUUGACCUCAAUGGACCUUACCAUCAUGGAGUAGAGAUAUGGUAUCCGGAAUCAAUGACAAACAAUUCAUUUUACAUAGAAUGCUUGGGACAGCCAAUUCAUGAAGAUUUCGGCUGCUCCAAUCAGUUUAAAUAUAAUAUAAAGUACUUUUCAGAUUACGUAUAUGAUCAUAGACAUUACUUCGGAGUGAAAGUGCCAGAAUAUGGAAAGACGGGAUGCAACAACAAUUUCCCAGAAGGCUACUAA